AUAAGUUUGAUAUUCCUAGAACAGGAAAGAACGCCCCGUCUACACUUGAAGCUGUUCUACUUAAUCAUUUGUGUCGUGCAAAGGGUUACGGUGAAGUUUUGGCAAGACUGUUGAAAGAAAUUCAUGUUAUGAGUGUUUCACUGGAAGAAUUUUUGGGAUUUUAAGAAAAAAUAAGUGAUCAGAUUUCUGCAUUUUGCAAUGGACAAGGGGGGCCUCUCCACCGCUUCCAAGCAAUUAGAAGAGUGCUCGGUUGCCAAUUCAUGGAGUACAUGGAUAUUUUCUGCAGCAGGAGCUCUGUUGGCAAUUCCAGUUGGAAUCAAGAGAAAGUCACUGGGACCACUUGUUUUUUUUGGUACAACAGGUAUCAUGCUUGACAUAUUAGUUGGCAUAAAUGCCUGUGAAAGAGAGUUUGCAGAACGCCAAAAGUUGCUGGAUUCUCAAAAUUCUGAAAGUCAUUCUGAAACAGUGGAUGGAAGAAAAUUAGAAUAAUCAAACUGUGGAUGCUGGUUACCAAUAGAUGCUUGUCUCUAUUUUGACUGCUGCAAGAUCCAAAUAAUAAGUUUUUGAGUACAGAAAGAAUAGCUGCAGAUUGUAAAUCUGUCAGGAUCACUGACAUAUAAUUGGUAUCUAAGAAAAUGAUGUGUGAAGAAAACUAUCUAAAGGGAAAUUGAACACAUUUGCUUCUGCGAGCGUGUUUUUUUCAAGUUAUUCAUGUUUAUCGUUCAACCAUGUCUGUGUACAGAGUGAUGAUUCUGUAUAUGGUUUGUGUUGAAGGGGUGAUUGUUUGGUUCACAGAACAUGUAUCUGGUGGAAAGGAUGCAUCAGAUAGGAUAUAAUGUAAGAUGGCAGCUAUACAAGAGCUUAAUGUGGGGAAUGCAUAUUCGAGUGCCGAA